AUGGCCCGCGCCACGCCGCCCGUCGCGACCGCCCGUGCCGCCCGGGCGCCGAGGCUCGCGCUGCUGCCGGCGCUGGCAGCGCUGCGGCUGACGGCCGCGGGCGCGGGGCCCGUGCCCGGCGAGAGGGGGCGCUGCUCGGCGGCGCUGGGCUUCAGCGGCGCCGCGCACCACGGGAGGACGUGCUGCGAGGGCAACCAUACCCGCGAGGCGCUCGUGCGCUACGCGCCGUGCGGCCGGAUGACCCGGCUCGCGAUGUGCUCCCCGUGCGACGGGGAUGUGGGCACCGGUCUCAAGUCGCAGUCGGAUCGGGUCGUCCUCUGCCCCGACUUCUGCGCGCGCUGGUUCGACGCCUGCCGGGAGAGCUUCUACGAGGCUGGAAGGGCGGCGUCCGCGCUGUCGCCCUGUGGCCAGGACAGCCUGGUCUGCAGCCGGCUGGGCGAGAUCACGGAGGACCCCCGUGGGUUCUGCGAGAGCAUAGGCCCGUAUGUGGUGGCGGACGGCGGGGAGCCAGACGCGUGCUACGACGGUGUGCCGGUGCCGAGCGGCGCCCCGCGGGAGGGCCAGCCGCAGCGGGGCCGGGGCUGCGCGCGCGCGCCUGGGCGCCCCUAUUUGGCAGAGGCUGCCGAAGUCAGCAGCUGCGGCGCCCGCGACGGGCCCGUGCACUCGACG